AGCUAUUUCCAUAAAUUAUCGGAAAUGAGCCGAACUGGCCCAAAUGCGACUUGAACGCAAGGGCUAUGAGCUGGGUGAUUUUUUUCUAUUUCAGACGAUCCGCAGCCAUCCGGGAGUCAUUCAUUCCCCAAGCCCCCCACCGUCGUCUCAAAAAACUCGCUCCCCGUUGCCUAAACUAGCAAUUCGAAAAAAAGGGUCGAGCUAGCGCUUCCCCCUUUCGGAAGAAGGAAAAUGGCGGAUUCAGAUGGGGGGGAGGAGGAAACAGGCAGCGGCAAGCUGAGAGGGACGCGGAAUCUGGAGGUCGACGGCGGUCUCCGGGAGAUGGCGAAGAAAGCAGCGUGGAGCGUCAGCUCCUGCAAGCCCGGCAACGGCGUCCUCUUCCUCCGCGACGACAACCUCGACACCUACUGGCAAUCGGACGGAGCGCAACCCCACUUGGUUAGCAUCCAGUUCCAGAAGAAGGUUAAGCUGCAAUUGUUGGCUGUCUAUGUGGACUUCAAGCUUGACGAGAGCUAUACUCCGAGCAAGAUUUCAGUUAGAGCCGGAGAUGGCUUCCAUAACCUCAAGGAGAUAAAAACAGUGGAGCUUGUGAAGCCAGUUGGAUGGGUCCAUGUAUCCUUGUCUGGUACUGAUCCCCGUGAGACAUUUAUUCACACUUUCAUGCUCCAAGUUGCUAUUCUGUCCAAUCACCUGAAUGGAAGGGACACCCAUGUGCGCCAGAUCAAAGUCUAUGGUCCUCACCCGAAUCCAGUUCCUCAUCAACCUUUUCAUUUUACUUCACCGGAAUUCAUAACGUACUCAACUAUUAGGUGAAGAGGUAUGUAUACCGCUUAUCUGAAUAAGGUACAAGGUGGAAAUGCGGUCUUAGAAAAAGCUGUUUGUUGUCAGUCAUACAGAAGUAAAUUUUUUGUCCCAGACAGUAUGCGAACCGAUUUUCCUUGUAGCUUCCAAGCUGAUGAUAUGAAUACAUGUAUACAUUUUCAGAAAACUUGAUGAUUAACUGGGUUUUGAUGUAUCAGACAUAAAUUUUGCAGUUAUAAUAGUCUUUUUCUUCCGAACCAAAAUUUCGUUAUUGAUGGCAGAACAUUUUAUCUUUUGCAUACCAUCUAAUUUGUCAUUUAUAUACUAACAUAAAAUCUUGAAAUAUGAUAUUAGCAUAAAAUUAUGAGAGGAUAACUUUUGAUUAACUGUUUGCUGCCUGUUCACGUGGAACCACUUGGUGAAUAUUAGAAUUUUUACUGGACUCAUACAAGGAGAAAGGAAGAAAAGGAGAAAAUUAGUUAAACCAUUUAUUAUCAUUAAAUGGUAAUAAACAAUAUUUUUAUGUACAUCGUGAUCUAUUUAUUAGGCUUUGAUAUUUAGAUGAUUGUUCUUUGUCU